AUGAGACCUCAGGGCCAGCAGAUUUCGGAUCGCUUGACUGUGGAGAUUGACUGCCACUCUUUGGGACCCAGUGAAUGUCCCUCGAUGACUUCGAGUUUCUCUCCUUUAGAGUCUCCGACUCCCACUCCAACCAGUAUCUAUAGCCAGGGUUCCCUGGCCUCUCCAGGCUGGCACGAAGCCGGCCACUAUCACAGCCUUCCUAUGGAACGGCGAACUUCCGCCACCCCCCUCCGAAGUGCCUUCAGAAUGUCCGACUUCCCGUCAGGUGAGGGCAUGGCCAUGGCUGUCGGCAACAUGGACCGCCAGGACCAGAUCCCCAUGUCCGCCGAGUACCUAUCGGGAUAUGAUGAGAGUGUCGACCAGUUCUGGAUCCCCCAGGACUCCAUUCCCAAGACAUUUGGGCAGCAGACCUUCCCUUAUCAGGCCCCCAUGCCUCAAUAUCAUCACACUAUGGGUCGUAACCACCACUACCGCCAGCAAGCUCAAGCAUCCUAUUUGCCUGAGUCUGCAUCCAACCCUUGCCUUUCCCGUCCCAUGUUCAGCCAGCCUGAGCGUCUCCCAAACUCCGUCUCCAUGUCGAACAUGCUGCCCUGGAUGGUGGCAACAGAGUCGAUGCCUCCUCAGACAAUUACCCCUGCUCAGGCGCUCCACGCACCCGUCACUCCUCCCCCUUCAAAUUACUCUGAGUUCCCCGCGAGUCUGCAAACCUUCAAACCUCACACUCCUGCUACCCCGGUGCGAUCCAUGUCCCUGGGCACACCGGGCAGUGACACGCCCAAUAGCCGCAUGUCCGGCCAUAACGAGUAUCAAGAAGAGUACCCAGUGUCUCCAGUUUACAGAGAUGGCCAGAUGAUUCGCACACACCGUCAGCCGACUCGCAAGCCAUCCAAAAAGCAGCUGCUGCGGUCCAACUUGAGCCUAGAGAAUCUUCCCGCAGUCAUCAAGCAAGUCCAGUUCAAGUGCAAGGAGCCUGGGUGCAAAGGCCGCUUUAAGCGUCAAGAGCACCUCAAGCGUCACAUGAAGAGCCAUUCCAAGGAGAAGCCCCACGUAUGCUGGGUGCCGGGCUGCCACCGAGCUUUCUCCCGCAGCGACAACCUCAACGCUCACUAUACCAAGACUCACAGCAAGCGGGGUGGUCGCAACCGCUAUGUCGCCACCCUCGACGAGACCAGCCCAGAUUAUGAUCCGGAUUUCCGUGGCCAGCUGACAGCCGACGGCCGUCCUCUUUACAACACCAAGCUUGAGGACAUCCCUGAUUGUGACCUCAGCGUUGAUGGCUGGGAUGAUUAG